UACUAAACACUGUAGAAUGUAUACUUGUAUUCGAAAUCAGGUCAUGUGUGUAAACAUUGUUAGCAUUAUGGAUUUACGGACAAAAAUAUCGACUCGCACGAUUAUCAAGCGUUAAAUUCACAAUGAACUGCGCAAGACACUUUUCUAUUUAUAUUAUAUAUCUACUCGGCGCGUGUAAAAGCUUCGUUUCUUAUCAAUUGACAGUGACAAUUCAUAAAAUAUUGUGUUGAAAUUUUAUAUAGAAUGUGUUUACUGGAUAGGUGAAGUGCAAAUACCCGGCAUGUCCAGACGAAAAACUGUCAACCGAGAAAGCCAAUUCGACAACGUGGAUUACACUCAACUAACUGAAACCGAUCAUGGUUUUGUUGAUUCUCAAUUUGUUAGUCCACCUGUGAAAAUACCAUGGAAAGCCAUAGCAUUGGCAGCGCUUCUAUUCGUAGGUGGUACUAUCAUGCUAAUUAUUGGCAGUCUCAUAGUCAGCGGUCACAUAGACUCGAAGUACGCAGAUCGUAUGUGGCCUAUCAUAAUAUUGGGUGCGGUAAUGUUCAUACCAGGAGCUUACCACGUAAGAGUCGCCUUGAUGGCGUACAGAAAAGUACCCGGUUAUUCUUUCGACGAUAUACCCGAAUUCGAUUAAAAGAAGUAUGCCCGUUUUCAUAUGUAAAUAUUUUAUAACACAAAACAAAAAAAAAAAAAAAAUAAGUACGAUAUAAUAAUCACUGAUGUUCGUCACGUGUAUCGUUGUUAUUGUCAAAAUGUCUACGAAAAAAAAUUGUCAAUAAAUGUUAUUAUUUUUUUGGGA